AUGGAUGCAGUUCAAAUGCGACAAGUUGCAGUCAUAGACGAUAUCAUUUUCUUUCGAUAUGGAGCGCCAAAUUGGACACGAUCCCGUUUGGAUUGUUCCAUGCAUUGUGCGAGGUAUGAAGGUUUCGCCGGUUUUAACCUUCGGAUGAGGAAGGCACAACACUUUUGUAGGUUUAUGACGUGGUCGCCUUGUCGGAGGAAAGGUGAAUCGCGUGUCAAGGGGGGAAGAGUGUUUGUAAAGAAGCUGCAGGAGCAAGGGAAAGCGAUAAAGCGGAUGAGGUACAAAGAGGUCAAAAUUCGGCCGAGGUUUUUACAUCGAAAUUCAGCAUGUCAGGUACUGUACAACAGCUUGACAAAUGGGUUCAUUUUGGUAGAUUUUCAUCGUCACCGCACAGGCUUUCAUGUUUUGGUAACGAAAGGGGACCGCUACGACACACAGAAACUAUUCUCGAUUUCUAGAAAGUUUUUUGCCUUUAACGUAAUCAAUGGCAACUUAGUGGACUUUCAUUCACUCUGUGUGAUUGACUUUCAAAAGAGGAAAGUCACUGGUUAUUAUUCGGUAGAACAACCAAGUCAGCAAGGAAAAGGGAAAUUUCAAAAAAUAUACCAACUUGCUCGACCCGAUUAUUCUGACCAAGCCUUUGUCGUCUACUCCAUCAGGAGGAAUCGAGCCAAACUUGUAGUGUUUGGUGUUUUUACUGUUGUUGAAGAGAAAGGGAGAGAUCAGGAGAUCAACUAUGUGAACAAAUACGGAAGAGAGCUGGAUGUGUACAUGAACAUUCAUGCAUACACUAUAUUUAAAAUUCACAUCACUGCCACUCAUGAUGUAAUUGUAAAUAUAAAACAUGACAAGUGCAUCUUGCUCUACACAGAAAGAAGCAAUUAUACCCAGAAAAUGACAAUAGGGCCAUUGCGUAUACAUAAUAUUGCUGUCUAUGAAAUGACCACAAUUAUAUUGAUUGCCUUUACAAAGAAAAGCUCGAAGCGAGGGAAACCGGUUGUAAUUGAAUAUCUACCUCUUCCUGAAUUUAUGCCACUUUUUUGGAACUUCCACAAAACAUAUCGGAUGCCAGUAACCAUCACUCGUGAAAAUAUGUUUAUUAUGGCGAAGGACGGUACGUUGGUGUCACUGGAUCGUCAAGGAAGAUCACUAUUAAUCAUGAAAAUCCCCGUUCACAUCAACCUGUAGCCGUCUGGUUGUGUCUUUGUCCGCGCGCAUUUAAGUUAUUUGCGACGAAGGUAAUCAAUACGAAAGAAACUUCUUUGUUUCGCCGCUUCCGUUAAAUGACCAUGACCAUGGAAAUCAGACUGAAACCUACUCUUUAUCUCAAAAGGUUGUUACACGCUGAACCAAAUCCGAAAAUCUGUUUGUCAUGACAAGACUUCACGGCAGAUUGGAGUGAAAAUGUCUCUAUCAUGAUGCAGAACGUGGUGCUGAGGUAUUAAUUCAUCAAGAUCUUAAGGACCCCUUAUAAGAAGGGUGAUAUCAAUUACAGCUACACGAACUUGAUUUUUCGUUUUACCCAGACUGCACACAGAUACGAAUAUUUCGGUUCAGAAUAGGCUAAGCAAAUGGUUCUCUAUAUGCACAUGUUGCCUUGUACAGUUGCAGGGUCAAUAAAAUCAAUAUCGCACUUCGACCAGACCCGACCUAUUGUUAUCCUGUGAGCUGAUAAAUAGCCAUUCACUCCAACUCAUUGCCUCCACACCGCCAAUGGGUAUUGAUUUUGUAAUCAGAUUGGUUUGUGUUGACCCGUCACCAGAUAUGGCCGUGGUAUGUCAUGUCGUAAAGUCAUUAUGACUUGAUACAUAGCUAAAGAAGAGACCCAACUCUUUGAUUUCAAACACGGGGGAAUCUUACAGUCUCCAAUCAAAGACAAAAUUAUUUUAUUCGUACGCGAUUCCGUACCUUUGGUGAGAAUGAUAUGAAAAACACUGUUGAAAACUUUUCCGUGGAAAAAAAUGCCCGGCCCUAUUGUAUACUUACAGAUAUGGGUCUACAGGAGAGGCUGUGGCAAACAAAAGCUUAGAGAACGCAUACUAUAAUCAUUUGUUCGUCCGACAUUCUGUCUUACAUGUAAGACAAUGUAUGACAUUUCAAACUACACACCGUCAUGACUGUCAAUACAUGCUUAAUCUCCCUGCUAAAUUUCAAUAUGUUUGAUGCUGCGGGAGUUGUUGGCUACGGAUGACGACUGCUUGGGUUACAAACUUUCCUGGUGGACCCCUGAACCAGGGAUCGGCCAGGCCUAGGCAAGGAUAAUUUGAACUAGAACUGCUUUUGUCUAGGCUUUGCAUCAACAAGGUUGAAAUAUCAAGAGAACAUAUAACAUGAAAAGACUGUACAAACAAACAGUCUAUGGAUGGCCGGAUACGUAGUCUAAGAAACGUCAAAUACAUAUCAAGACUCGAGAUCACGACCUUAGGGAUAGGGCUAUAGAGUACUGUACACCCCCCCCCCCCCCCCCCGGGAAAUUUACGAUGAUAAAUUGCGAUGAAUAAAAGUUCUGGGGAAGAAGUUUGUUAUGAAAUUCCCAUUCCGCUUAAUCAACUUCUCGGUCCAGCCUCGGUUGUGACUUGCCUACUGAUGUAAAUUAGACAGGUGACAUACUGUACUGAACUGAGGUACGGUUUAUGUUAUGUGGAUUUUUUCAAAUUCACGAAUCUUGUCAUCGAUUUUAUUGAUUGUCAUAAUCAAUAAAAUCGAUGCAGCGAAAAGAGUACGCCAGGAUAAAAGACAAUGGACUGAUCAUAUAAGUACUAUUCUUUCAUGCAAUAAAAACAAAACAAUGGAUGGAGUUCAAAUGCGACAAUGUGAGCGAUGAGUUAUAGAACUGUAAUAUAUAUUCACUAUUCUCAAUGAGACGCUUGAGACGCCAGCGAAUAGGACGGGCUACGCAAGAUGAACGAAGAACGAAAUGUGUUAAUGGCCGAGUUGAGUGAUAUGCAGUUGGUCCAUGUGAUAUGUGAUAAAUUGAUCCAUAUUUUGUUUUACUUGAUAGCAUUAUUUGUGAUCGACCGAAUGAGUUGUCAACUAUCCAAUUAUCCAAUUAUUCAAUUUCAUCAGUCAGUUGACCAAAUUGAAUAGCCACAAGUAGGUCAACAGGCUGAUUGGCUAUCUCACCUUGGCAUUCCAGGUUUGGUCGCCUGGCUAGUUAUUUGGCGUCGGCGGAAAGUGGUCGCAAAGAGUUAAACUUAAGGGGCUUAGUGAUUGAUAUACCGGUCGUUUUACAGUUGGCUGAAUAAAGGAUUGAUUAAAAUUAUCAUGGAUAUGAAUGAUAAAUUCAGCUCUGCAAGUUGUCGAAGCAAUAAAUAUUUUAGAUUUUUUAAGCGUUACUAUUUUAUUUUCUAUCCAAAUCUUAUGGCCUUUAUAUAUUGUAAAACGAAUUGUCCAAACGUAUCGAUUACUUUUAUUCCUCUUGCAGUCAAAGACAAUAUCAAUUUAUUUCGAUAUGGAGCGUCACAUUGGACACGAUCCCGUUUCGAUUGUUCCAUGCAUUGUGCGAGGUAUGAAGGUUUCGCCGGUUUUAACCUUCGGAUGAGGAAGGCACAACACUUUUGUAGGUUUAUGACGUGGUCACCUUGUCGGAGGAAAGGUGAAUCACGUGGCAAGGAGGAAAGAGUGUGGGUAAAGAAGGUAAUAGCAUUGUUUGUCGCACCCUCACAACAUUAAGUCGCUGUAGAGUGGUCUAGCAGCUUUGGGGCCUCUGAUCUGCUGGCGGUCAAUGGGUCACCGAGUCGAACUCGCAGUCGGCGAGACUCUGAUUCAUAAAGGCAGUGUUUGUUUUCUAAGCUGCCUGAUUUCAUUCAUAUACAAAUGUUCAGCAGUCGAAAAUGCUCUUGUCGCAGCCCCGAAUGGGAUAUUGUACGAAGCUGGAUGUUAACCUCUGCACGGCAAAAGUGUCCAUCCAUGGAUCUGUGACGGUGAUUAAUCAUCAAGUGUUCCAUCCAUGGAUCGAUGAAGAAUCUUUAUUAGAGAUCUACGGAUGGAACGACAUAGUCGUAUCUACCAUUGGCCCAUCAUUGUACUAUCCAUGGAAUCCGUAUUAGACAUGUUAGAUUGAUUGGAGCAUGAAUCGAUUCACCUACUUUACCCUUCCCAAUGUGUAGACGAAAUGAUAUUUAUUUGUUCCAUGUUAUUUGUCUUGUUAAAAGUUUAGAUAAGUUAAAGUGAAAUCAAUGGACACUCUAUGAUCGGAAUGAUUAGAGUCCUUCAUCAUUUUAUAGGUGCAGGAGCAAGGAAAAGCGAUAAAGCGGAUGAGUUACAAAGAUGUCAAAAUUCGGCCGAAGUUUUUACAUCGAACUUCAGGAUUUUUAGCAAUUCAGGUACUGUACAACAGCUUGACAAACGAGUUCAUUUUGGUCGAUAUUCAUCAUCACCGCACUGGCUUUCAUGCUGUGGUAACGAAAGGGGACCGUUACGACACACAGAAACUAUUCUCGAUUUCUAGAACGUUUUAUGCCUUUAAAGUAAUUAAUGGCAGCUUAGUGGACACGAAAUCAUUCUGUGUUAUUGACUUUCAAAAGAGGAAAGUCACUGGUUAUUAUUCGGUAGAACAUUUAAGUCAGCAAGGAAAAGGGAAAUUUCAAAGAAUAUACCGACUUGCUCGACCCGAUUAUUCUGACCAAGCCUUUGUCGUCUACUCCAUCAGGAGGAAUCGAGCCAAACGUGUAGUGUUUGGUGUUUUUACUGUUGUUGAAGAGAAAGGAAGAGGUCAGGAGAUCAACUAUGUGAAUAAAUACGGAAGAGAGCUGGAUGUGUACAUGAACAUUCCCGGAAACACUAAAUUUCAAAUUCACA